AUGGAAAAUUUCGCAAUAGAGCCUGCCCCUUCAGAUCUCAGCAAAGCUGGGAUCUACCUCAACCCUGAUGUCAACGGCAUGGGUCAAGAAAGAAUGGGAACUUCCAUCAUGGCAGCCAUUUUCAAUGGAGGUGUUAUUUUUGGUGCAGACACACGAACAACCAUGGGUGCUUACGUCGCUUCAAGAAUUUCUGACAAAAUUGAGUGCAUCCACGAAAAGAUUUUCUGCUGCCGAACUGGGGUUUCUGCCCAUACCCAAGCAUUAGCCAGAUAUGUAAGAUACUAUUUGUCGCAACAUGUAUUAAAUGAAGGCAAACUUCCCCUAGUUUUGACUGCUGCAAGGCUCCUUCAAGAACUUUUGUAUCAGAAUAAAGCGUUUUUAGAAGGUGGGUUUAUUGUGGGAGGCUGGGAUCCUGUAAAUGGUUCACAGCUGUAUGAAGUCGCCUUAGGAGGGACUUUGGUGAGCCAAAGGUAUGCGCUGAUGGGGAGUGGAAGCACUUAUAUUUAUGGGUAUUGUGAUGCGGAGUUUAGGGAAGGGAUGAGCCAGGAAGAGUGCACAAAGUUUAUUAAGAAAGGAUUAGCAUUAGCAAUGGCAAGAGAUGGAGGGUCUGGAGGCUGUGAAAGAUUGCUGGUGGUAACGCCUGAGACGGUUACGAGAGAGUAUGUGCCUCAAGAGGAGUUUCCUUAUAACCUUAGAUAA